GGAAAGUUCUCUGCCCUUCUUUAAGCGCUUGUCGGCUGCCAGACGGCGACAACGUGGACUUGAAGUAACUUAGCCUUAAGCCCGUAUUUCUGGUGCACACCAAUAACAAAGUGGUGUCGUAGUAAGCUGCAAGGUGUAGCGUGUUCACUGCUCAGAAUAACGUUCUCGGGUAGUUAGGAGGACUUGCAAGGCGCUGCGCCGUUCACACGCCGUUAACGUUAGCUCGCUAGCUUGCGUUGGCUGUGGUUGGAUUUUCAUAAGCGAUUUAGCCGUCGAUUAGCUUCGCUUAGUGAGGCGUUUGCAGGCAAGUGCAGGAAGAGAAGGAAAUCUGCUUCGAAAGAAUGACUGCAGAGGAGCUGGCGAGUGAAGGGCAACACACCAUCCCAAUGGAGGGAGAGGAUAUCACACAAAAGAAAGAUGGGGGUGUUUUAAAGUUGGUGAAAAAGGAAGGUACUGGCACAGAGCUGCCUAUGACUGGUGACAAAGUCUUCGUACAUUAUGUGGGCACACUUCUGGAUGGCACUCAAUUUGACUCGAGCAGAGACCGAGGGGAGAGGUUUUCCUUCGAGCUAGGCAAAGGUCAAGUAAUUAAAGCAUGGGAUAUCGGCGUCGCUACUAUGAAAGUGGGGGAGCUGUGCCAGCUCAUCUGCAAGCCGGAGUAUGCGUAUGGAUCUGCAGGCAGUCCUCCCAAAAUACCUCCCAUGGCCACUCUUGUUUUUGAGGUGGAGCUGUUUGAAUUUCGAGGUGAGGACAUAACCCAGGAUGAAGAUGGAGGAAUCAUUCGGCGCAUUGUCUCUAAAGGCCAAGGAUAUUCCAAGCCGAAUGAAGGGUCUGCUGUUGAAGUUACUCUGGAGGGCACAUACGAGGGUCGUGUGUUUGAUGAGAGAGAACUCAAGUUUGAGAUUGGUGAUGGAGAGGGUUUUGGUUUGCCUCCUGGAGUGGAAAAAGCAAUCAUGGCUAUGGAGCAGGGAGAGGAAGCACUCUUCACUAUCAAGCCUAAAUAUGGCUUUGGGAAUGCAGGAAAUUCAAACUAUAACAUUCCCGGUGGAGCAACGCUGCAAUACAAGAUAAAGCUCACAGCUUUUGAAAAGGCAAAAGAAUCAUGGGAGAUGACCACAAGUGAGAAACUGGAACAGAGCAUCAUUGUUAAAGAGAAAGGAACACAGUACUUUAAGGAUGGAAAAUACAAACAGGCAUCAGUUCAGUACAAAAGGAUCGUGUCAUGGCUGGAACAUGAGUCUGGUUUGUCAGAAGAGGAUGAGAAGAAAGCCAAAGCGCUGCGGCUAGCUGCAUAUCUGAAUCUGGCCAUGUGCUUCCUUAAGCUACAGGAGCCAAACCAGGCUCUUGAAAAUUGUGACAAGGCUCUGGAGAUUGAUGCCUCUAAUGAGAAGGCUUUGUUCCGAAGGGGAGAGGCACUUUUUGGUAUGAAGGAGUUUGAUCGGGCAAGAGAUGACUUCCAACGAGUUCUUCAGCUGUAUCCUGCUAACAAGGCAGCCAAAAGCCAGGUGGUCCUCUGUCAGAAAAGCAUCAAAGAUCAGCAUGAGAAAGACAAACGCAUCUACGCCAACAUGUUCCAGAAAUUUGCUGAGAGGGAUUCAAAGGUAAAGAAAAAGAAGCUAUAAAGACAAAGAGCGAGAGCAAAGAGAACAGCGACGAGGAGAUGGACGUUGAGAAUGGAGUAAAGGAAGAUGCAAGUGAAGCAAAAGCAUAGAAGCUGUGACUGAGAUACGGUUCAUCUGUAAUUGACAGAUUUCUUUUGUAAUUUCAGACAUUUGUGUUUAAGGUGUGACUGUGUGUUUGAGAGAUGGAUUGAAGUGUGUGUUUGUGUGUGUGAGAGAGGAAAUGUCUUUAGGUGCAUCUUUGCAGGCUUGUUUGUGUUCAGGGUUUUGCUGUGGCAGCUAGCUGAGCAGGCCUCCCCAGGUAAUGGCACCAAGAGAUGUGGAUUUAAUAGAUUUGUGCCACAAUCCUUAACCCUUUCAAUCCCCGGCUUUGAAAUGUGCAUUUGUUUUAAGGAAAGGAAAAAGUGUAACCUAAGUGUUCAGUGGAGUUACAAAACCCUCACCCAUCAAGGGCUAUACCAUUCCCCUCCUCAUUGCAUUCUGUCCUUUCUUCACAUUUGUGCUAUCCACCCAGUCCUCCAUUCAUGGGCCUACUGAUCAAUUUUUGGAGCUGUGAUGGAUGUGUGCAUAGGUAUUUGUCUGAAUAUUAAUAGUGCCUGUGUCCCAAAGUACGUAUGUAGCCGUACUGUGGAUAUGUGGAGUAAUAGGAGGUUAGCCUGGACUAGCUGUCAGGCUUUGGAGCUUCUCAGUCAGUUCACACAUGGAGCUCCUUCAUAGCACCCAGGAUACAGGACUGUUCAUGUUUCUUUGGAAAUAUUGACUUUGUACUUAUUUUCUUGAGUGUUGUGCUCGUGUUUUCUGUAUUAUCUGAAUGAUGACUACAAGCAAUUGCUUAACUGGAACAUGUGUGUUGUAAAGCAGCUAUAUUAAAAAGGACAUUUACUAGCUUUCCCUGGACAAACUCUACUAAUAAACAGUUAAGUCAUGGUAUUUACUGUAAAAACUUACAUGUACAGAUGUUUGUUUAUUCCAUUUAAGCUGUUUAGGUCUUUACUAAAGAGGAGCCCUGUUCAAUUAAGCAUCUGUAGAGGGAAGCUGAAAUUAGGAAAGGGCAUAAAUUAAAUCAAACAGGGUUGUGAAUUUUGUGUUCAGUUAUUUGUCUGCUGGACAAGUUGCUGUUCGGUCUGACAGAAGGAUGUAAUAAACCGUAUAGUCACAA